CGCUCGGGGAUCCGCCCAAGAACCAGCCUACCUUUAAACGAAGUGCAGUGUUCACCCCGUUUAAUACGAACAGAGCUUCAUACCGACAAGCAGCUCUCGAGGGUGCUCCAAUAGAAUCGGUAAAUAUUGAUUUAUUUUUUAUUAUAGGGAUAAAGGUGAAUUUAAUUCUUAGGUCUGUGCUCUUCCCCCGAAUUCCGCUGAUCCCUUUUAUUCUCAGGGCAUUGCAUUUUAAUUUAUAGAUCUCAGGUGUUUUGCAGCAUUGGAUUAUUCUACUAAGUGGUGAGAGGAUUGAAAAUUGAUACACUUCUUCAUUUAACCGGACGCUACCUACGUCUAGUUCUCGGACAUCUCAAACGAAAGAAAGCGUAGGUUCUACUAAUUCAAGGCUGGUGGAAUAGGUUCUCUACACAGUACAAUGCUGCUAAGUUUGUGUACUCUGAUGACAUUUGUAUGGGGACUACCCGGCUUUUCUGCCUCGUACGUGCCCUGUGAGCCGUGCGAUCAGAAGGCUAUGUCCAUGUGUCCUCCGGUAAGGCUUGGGUGUCAGGUGGUGAAGGAGCCCGGCUGCGGAUGCUGCUUGACCUGCGCACUGACCGAGGGGCAGGCGUGUGGAGUCUACACGGGCACUUGUGGACAGGGACUGCGUUGCUUGCCUCGGAACGGGGAGGAAAAGCCGCUGCACGCUCUGCUUUACGGCAAAGGAGUUUGCAUGAACGAGAAACUAUACAAAUCCAGAGAUCACGAGUCACACGAAGACACCCACGUUACAGAGGUAACAGAGGAUCUUCUUCCCCAGGCCAAAGUUCCAUUAUUCCAACGAGACCACAUUAACAGCAAGAAGGCUCUGGCCAUGCGAAAGGAUCAGAAGAGGCAGGAGGCUAAACUCAGGAUCAGGGGCAAUUCUGAAUACCCGCUCUUCAGAAAAGACAAACAUCAGUCUGACAUUGGUCCAUGCCGAAGCAAGCUGGAUGGAAUUAUCCAGAGAAUGAAGGACAACUCAAGAAUCAUGGCUCUCUCAUUGUACCUGCCUAACUGUGAUAAGAAAGGCUUUUUCAAGCGCAAACAGUGUAAACCCUCCAGGGGGCGCAAGCGAGGCAUCUGCUGGUGUGUAAACAAGCAUGGAAUUCAGAUGCCGGGCACUGACUUUAAUGGAGGCAACAUCCAAUGCAAAGAUCUUGAAAGCAACAGCAACAACAACAACGAAUGAGACUACUCAAAUUUGGGCGCGUUACAAUUUCAUUGUACACUCAAUUUCAUCUACCAUAUCAUGUGAUUUGCCAGUCAUUUCUAAUAGU